UUAGUUCACGCUUUUGUUUUUAGUCGGCUGCAAUACUGUAGACACGCCACCUCUAUGAGAGUCACACUGGCACAAACCUGGCACACGUAUUGACGGAAGCAGUGGCAGAGUGAAGGAUAGAGAGACCCAAUACUAAUAUCCCAGUCACAACAGAUAAUGCCAAAAAACAAAUAAAUGCAGUGAAUGAAGCAGGACUUGGCCCACAGAUAGGGUGCUUUGCACAUGCAAUUAAUUUAGCAUCCCAAAAGGAAAUGAAAGUGUGUAAGAUGGACCGCCUCCUUGGGGGGCUCAGGAAGGUGGGUUCCUACUUCCACCGAAGCUCAACAGCUGCUCAUGUGCUUAAGACCAUGCAAGAAAUGCUACAGCUGCCUACUCAUAAGCUCAUACAUGAUGUCACAUCAAGGUGGAACUCCACUUAUGAUAUGUUGGAGCGUUAUCUUGAGCAGCAGGCAGCUAUAUACUCUGCACUAACAGACAAAAACCUGAAGAAAAAUGCCAGAGACAUCGCCACCUUGUCUGAUGAUGAUGUUAAAGUGGCAGAGGAGGUCCUCCAGCUGCUCAAACCACUCAAAAUGGUUACAACUCUGUUGAGCACUGAAACUGCACCAUCUGUGUCCAUGAUCCUGCCUCUGAAAACAAGGAUCCUACAAUCCAUGGCCCCAAGUGAGGAAGACAGCACCAUCACAGGAGAUGUCAAGACUGCCAUUAGAGAGGACUUGAAGCCCAGAUACACUUCACCACCAACCCUACAGGACUACCUUCACAGAUCUACUGCACUUGAUCCAAGGUUCAAGUCGCUGUCUCACCUAGACCUUGCCCUACGCCUGAGGACAUACAGUGAUCUCACUACUGAGAUUGUGAGCAGUCUUGGCACUGAAGACUGUGAAGAGCGUCAAUAUGCAGCACCAACAGGUACAGACACAUCCCCUCCUCAAAAGAAGUCGGCAAUGGCAGAGCUUUUUGGCGAGACCUUUGCACAGAAGGACAUGGUCAGCAAGGCUUUUGCUGACACCAUCAAAGAGGAGGUGGUAUCCUAUGAGGCAGCAAGUGGCAUUCCAGUCGAUGGUGAUCCACUGACUUGGUGGAAAAGCAACGAAUGUAAAUACCCUCACCUUGCCACAAUGGCAAGACACCAUCUUGCUGUGCCUGGCACUUCAGUGCCUAUGGAGAGGGUGUUCUCAACAGCAGGGGACACAGUUACAGCAAAGAGAUCUACACUUUACCCAGAAAAUGUAGACAUCCUCAUGUUUUUGAAAAAAAUGUGAAAUUAUAAGCUCAGGUCUGCUUUGCU